AUGGAAGACGACGACGACGAUCUUUACGACCCGGCUGACGCCGUCCCCACGACGCAGCAUCAUCCUGCUCAAAAUCCGCAGUCCAAUGCCCCAACGCAAGGAACAGACGAGGGAGAGGAGGAAGAAAUCGAGGUCGAGGAAGAUGAUACCCAGGACGAUUUCAAUAUCAUCACCGAAGCGCCACCCGACGCGCCUCUACCAGAAGUUCCUCAUCCGCGCCGUGCGGACCUCCGAACAGAGUCCCAGCGCCCAUCAUCCGUCGACUCCCAGAUCUCCAAAUCCGUGACCCCCUCAGCAACCCCCAAAGUCGAAACCGCAACGCCCGUCCCAGCCAGCGCACGGCCAGCCGUGCCCCAAAAACCGGGCUCCUCAUACCCCCCGGUGCACGCGUCCACCAUCGACGUGAACGGCAACCCCGUCCACCCAGCGACAGGGAAACCGAUCAUGUCGACAGACCUCGACGCAGACUUCCCAGAUGAUGACAAGCCGUGGCGCCGGCCUGGAUCCGACAUUUCGGAUUACUUCAACUACGGCUUCGACGAGUUCACCUGGGCCAGCUACGUGAUCAAGCAACAGGAGCUGCGCAAGGAGAUCGGCGACCAGAAGAAACAGCUCGAGGACAUGCAAAACUUCCUGACCAUGGGCUUCCCUAUGCCUGGUGGUCCGCCACCGCCGCCGGCGGGGCCGGGCGCGGGCCCUGGCGGCGCGCCGCCUAUGCCCGGCAUGCCUGGCAUGCCGGACAUGAACCCGGAGAUGAUGCAGAACAUGCUCGCCAGCAUGAUGGCGCAGGGCCUCGACCCGUCGUCUAUGGACCCGAUGUCGUUUAUGAACCACGCCCAGGCGAUGAUGCCCAACCAAUCCGGCGCAGGCGGCGGACAGCAAGGCCAGUUUGGUGGCCAAGGCGGGGGAUAUGGAGGUGGAUAUGGCGGUGGACGAGGACGCGGGCGACGAUGGUAG